AUGUCCACAGCCCGCGAGUUCUCCACCGACCCGGCCCUCCAGCAAUUCGGCGAAUGGAUCAUCGCCAACGGGGGCUUCAUCCAAGAAUCCCUCGUCUUCACCUCGCCCGAAUCCAAAGUCGGCAGCCAGAUCCUCACAACCGCCGCGCUCCCGCCCUCCUCAAGGCUGCUGACAUGCCCGCACGCGCUCGCAAUCGACUACCAGAAGGUCAAGGCCCACUACUCGCCCGAGUUCCUCGAGGCCGUGCCCCCGCACGCGGCGCUGUGCACGUUCGUGGUCGGCGAGCGGCUCAAGGGCGACGCGAGCUUCUGGGCGCCGUACCUGCGCAUCCUGCCGCGCGCGUUCGACACGCCGCUGUAUUUCGACGGCGAGGACAUGCGGUGGCUGGCCGGGUGCAAUCUGAAUGCGGAGGAGGUCAGGACGCGGAGGAGGGCGUGGAUGGAGGAGUGGGAGGCGGCGGGGGAGGCGUUGAGGAGGGAGAGGGGUGUGGGGUCGAGGGCGGCGAGGGAGUAUACUUGGGAGCUGUUUCUUUGGGCGGCUACGGCGUUCUCGUCGCGGUCGUUUCCGGGAAAGUUGUUGGAUUGGACGACGGAGUCCUCGAUGACGGAGAUUGAUGAUCCGGACUGUCUGCCGGCGCUGUUUCCGCUCAUUGAUUCCGUGAACCAUCAGCCUCUUACAAAGAUCACCUGGGCGCCUGGUGACAGUGCUCUCAAUGUUGUCAGCGGCGAUGAGAUCCCCGCCGGCGGAGAGGUGUGCAACAACUACGGACCCAAGAGCAACGAAGAACUGUUGAUGGGAUACGGCUUCACCCUGCCCUCCAACCCCUUCGACACCGUCGUCCUCCGCUUCCUCCCCGUCCUCUCCCCCGCGCAGGAGUCGAUCCGCGCGCUCCAACCCGCCUCGCCAUUCCCAGACGGCAUCCACCACCUCUCCCCGCGGAACCCAAACUCGCUCUACCCCGCCUCCCUGCUCAACCUCUUCCACCUGCUGACCGCCACCGCCGACGAGCUCCCCCUCCUCGCGGCCGCCCCCGCCGCAGACACAAUCACGCUGCGCAACACCAUCGCGACGCACCGCCAGCUGCUGCUCGCGCUCCGCCGCAAGCUCGACGCCUUCCCUGCCGAAAGCACCCUCCCGCCGCUGUCGAACGGCAGAAGGCGCGCGGCAAAGGUGUACCGCGACACGCAGGUGGCGAUCAUGGCUGCGGCGGUGGCCGAGUCCGAGGGCGUGAUCCGCGGCAUCCUGGAGGCGGGGAAGGAGGGCGUUGUCACGCUGGAGUCGGUGCUCGGGGACCCGGUGUAUGCUGCGGCCGUGGAGGCGUGUUUUGGGAGUGUGGUGCCGCUGGAGCUGCAGAUGGCCGGGCAUGAGGAUCUGGUGUUUACGUUGUUCCUCUGCUGGCGCUAUCUGCAGCGCGACCGGCUGCCCGGGGCGUGGGGGAGGUGGUUUGCGCGCCUUUUGGAGGCGGGGGAGUGUGGGAGGCCGGAGGAUGUGAAGGACGACGAGGAGGAGGAGGAGCUCGAGGAGGUGGGGGAGCUGUAUAAGGCGUUGUUCCCGGCUGUGGUUGGGGCGGCGCCGGGGGUGUUUGCGGGGGAGGGGUGGACGGAGGGGUUGUUGAGGUGGGGGAUGAGGGUGUUUGGGAGGGAGAGUAUUGGGGUGAGGCUUGAAGGGAAAGAGGCGGAGGUUGUGGUUGUCUGCAUUGAGUGA